GGCCUGGCUUCAGGAUUUUUACUUCCGCAUCGAGGGGGAGUGUCGCCGUGGUUCGUUGCUUCCUGGAUAUUACAAAUCGACGAAGACCCUCCAAACUAAACCCACCAACUUGUCUUUCCAGUGGUUCAAACUUGCUACAAUAACAAUGUCAAGCAAUGUCACUAUUUGUGAAACAUCAGCUGAUGUGUUAGCUUUAGUGAAAAAGUUCAGAAUGCGGAAAGAGAAGAAUAUUGCUGCAAUUGUUUUGAAAAUUGACAAGCCUACUUUGACUAUUGUCCUGGAUGAGGAACAUGAGGAUAUCACAAUUGAAGAUCUUCAGGAUGAGCUGCCCGCUCAACAGCCGAGGUACAUCAUCUUGAGCUAUGUACAAAAACACGAUGAUGGACGGACGUCAUUUCCUUUGAUGUUCAUCUAUGUCACUCCCCAAGGAUGCAAUCCUGAGCAGCAAAUGAUGUAUGCAGGUUCAAAAUUAGAAGCUGUAAAAAAUUUGGGACUCACCAAGGUGAUUGAACUGAGGAGUCUUGAAGAUCUCACAGAAGAAACUGUUUUGGACAAGCUCAAACUUUUCAAAUAGUCAUCAUCUCUCAGGGCAAGUGUUCUGAGUGAAUAUCUUUCUAUCAUGUACAAAGACUAUGUUUGUAUAUUGUAAACUAUGUUCUAUCUUUUAAUUUUGAUCAUACAGUAAUUUGUCUUGCAUUCUGUUUGGGUCAGGCACAUAUUGCUGAAAAUAAUGCCAAAUAGUCUUUGUUAAAUUAAAAGUAAAAUUACUGAGGUUAUAUUUGUUUUUUCCUGUCAAUUCUUUCAAUUGGGAAAAAAAAUAAUCCAAUGUCCAAAUCUGUUGAUUUUAAAAAAAAAGAGGGAGGGGGGGACCCAAAAAACCCUGAAAAUACUCUGUGUAAUCCUCCAUUCUACUACAGUUCUUACUUCAGGUUCCUUAUUUUUGCUCCUUUUUCGACAGACUCCAGGGGUCGUAUGACAUGGGAAAACAUCAUAAUAUUCUGCAUAAAGACUACCCUCAUUGAUAACAACUUUUUGCCACACGAUUGAUAUGUAGAAAAAAGAUGUUUGUCAACAGAAAUUAUUUACUUUGCAAUUUUUUGUAAAUAAAUGUAAGGAUGCAAACAAGAAUCUUUUGCCUUUCUAUUUGUGUGAUUGCUGCUAGUAUAAAUGGCCUUGUUUCUUACCCAAACUAUCCUUGCAGACUUUUGUCAAGAUCAAAGUUCUGUGAAAUUCUGUCAGAAACAUUGUUUCCGACCAGAAACUCUACUACUGAGUCAGUUUCUUAAACAAAGUAAAGCUCAAAGGCAAUAUAUUUGUCUUUUAUGAAGAAAGAGGUAUUUUGAGGGAUGCAUAAUUUUUGUUUUGUAAUAUGGAAAGAAAUUUAUUCAUUUGUAACACACAAUUUAAAUGAAUUCAGCUAUGUUAAGAUUGAUAGUGUUCAAUCUUUGAACAUUUGCUGUGCCAUGUUUGAAGUCGUGCUUUUUUUUUCCAAGUUAAUACACAUAGUGCAUUGACAAAUAAAAAUAUUACAUCUGAAGUACUGAUAAUUUUUUUUUUUUUUUUUUUUCAAUUCAUGAUCCAACCUUUAUUAAUGUCUCUAGGCCUUUGAUUCCUAGCUCCCUUAGCCUACAAAAUCCAUGCAUCUGAGUACUUUUGGAUCAACUGUCAUAUUUUCUCCGGUGCAGCUGAGAGAUACCUGUUUAAGUUUACGGGAAAAGGCAAAUUUUGCACUCACUCAGGCACGGGCUCUGGUCUAUAUGGUAGAGGAACUAAAGUGUGUGUAGUGUGCAGUGUCUUUUUACUUUUCAAGUUUUUAAAAAGUCCUUACUCUACCAACAUCUUCAUCAUGCAUGCAAGAUAUAAGAGGUCAAUUGCCAAAUGGGGAAAGCAUUAGGAUUAUGUUUGGAAGUUUGUAACACAAUUCUGAUUAACCUUGAUAGACAAGCUAACUGCAUUCUUCAUAUGUGUGUGUGCUUGGUGAAAGGUCCCAGUUGUCAAUAGUUGUGGAUAUUAACAUAAGGAGACAUUCUAGUAGCAAAUUCAAUUCUGAACAUGCUGAUUUUAAAAAAAAAAAAAUUUCAAAAUAUCCGGAGUGGUUUUAAAGAUAUGCCAUAUUUUGUAAUACAGGGUGUCAAAAACAAAGUUUGGUGGAAAACCCAAUUUCUAGCAUAUUUUUAGUGAAGUACAUGAUUCAAAAAUAACUAAUAAAAAUAUUUAGACUUUAAAUAUUAUAAAAUCCUUUCUAUGUUUUUAAGAAAUGGUUAAACAUGUAUUUUCUGAUGGAACUAUAGCUUUGCCGAUAACUGGGACCUCUCUCUAGGCACACACACACACACACACACACACACACACACACACACACACACACACACAUAUAAUAAAUUGUCUGAACUGUCUUUAGAGGGUGUCAAACUUUCACAUUAUAUUCAACAAUUAAAUGCUCCCUUACUUGAGGGUAUUUGUGUCUUGAAUUUCUUUUGUAUGUUAAUUUUUAUACUGUAAAGAGAAAACUGCCAACGAUGUGCACUAAUUUUUUAAAAUCUUUGUAUUUUAUUGUUUCCACAUAUAUUUCUUUCAAUCCCUGUGGAGACAGUGUCUGUUCUAAUUCCUUUCUUUCCCCAUGAACAUUGUCAUGUGGCAGAGGCACCAUGCAAAUGAGUUUAUAAAAAGCAAUUUUUAUAUGAUUCUGAUCUACUUUCUUUGAGGGUUUUCCGGUAAUGAUCCGAAGAAGACAUUUUUUUAAAGAGCUUGGCGUUUUGAGAGAAGCAGGCAUUUUAAUACGCCGCUUUUUUCCCCCAUUUCUAGUUUGACCCAACAAAAGAUGCUGCAUGGUCCUUGUGACCUGAUGUGGUUGAUUUUUUUAAUAUUGAGGAUUAGGUCAGUUCUUGGAGGGAUUUAUUUACACCCCAAAUGAUUUACAAAUGCCAGUUGAAUUAAACUUGCUUUCAUGGCUUACUCAAGGUGAGUAGGAUUAUACAACAUAUUAUGUGAAAUUAUGAAUAUAUACUCAUUGUAUAUGACACACAACACAAUCAGUGAAGGGCAGAGACACUUCCAGUAUGUUUCAAUUAUACAUAGAAAUUUAUCACUAUCUUUACAAAAAUUUACCUGCAAAUGAGUUUAUUUUUUAGACAGGCAUGUAGGAAGAAAAUUUUAUAUAUAUAUAGAUCUAGUACUUUUAGUAGCCAUAAGCAUAGCAUAUGGAAGGUACUUAUUUUAAUGCCUGUAUGUUGCAUCGUCAUCAGUACCAGUGGCCUCUGUGAUUCUGUACAUGGGUAGUUCAUAUCUUGGCCACUAUAUAGAUCUAGAUGUAUUUGUAUUUGUAAUGUUUCGGACAGAAAGUGCAGUUUACACGUUUAAAGCUAGUAAGUGAUCAAACGUGGUUUAUUAAGUGUACUCAUGGCAACACUUUAAAAACAACUCUUGUAUGCAUUCUUAUCAGAGAGUAUUAUUGCUGCUAGAGGUAGUUUAUUUUGAUUUUGUUUAAUUUUUAAAACGAGUCAGUGCAACUUUAACCACAUUUUGCAUGGAAAGAGAUAAUAUGAUAUGAGAAAUAUAUUCUGAAAGGAAAUAAUGGCUGUCUGCAGUGCAGUAUCAACAGACCUCCUGUGAAGUAUUACUAAAUAUAAGCUGUUUGUGUAAUUUCUUACAUUCCACUCGCUGCUUUGGCUUUUUCAGUGAGAGUCCUAGUCUAUCACAAUUGUAUGUAAGAAAAAGAGUGUGUAAAUAGGAGGUACAAGUUCUAAACAUCUGGUCUUUCUCUGUGUUGUCUCUGAUCCAUUGAUUCUGAGACGUUUGCAAGCUUGCUACAUUUUGCUCAGGCUGCAGCCUCACUCUAUGGAGCUGUUUCUGUCAGUGUAAAUAAAUGUUUAACCCAUAGCCUACAUUGAACAUAGAACUCACUGUGUGAACUUUUCUGAAGUGGGUGUAUAGUUGUACAUUAAAGUUGCAACCCAUCUCCGUUGAAUGCACUUAUUUCUUUGAUGACAGAAUGUACUGUAGUCUUAAAGAAACAAGUUACAUUCCAUGAAUGCAAUUUUUUUUUUACAUCUCUGUUAUUUUUUAUCUUGGGCCUUACUAUGCAUCAGUAUUUAGUUGGCCCUCCCUUUAUACUGUGCAUUCUAUUUGAAAAUAAAGAGUGCCUCCUUGUUCUUUCAUUUAUUGUCUUAUUUUUAAAAAUUGUCAUUCACAAUUUUGUUUUAACAUUUUUGUUUCAUAAAUUGUGCAUGAGAUGCUUUUUCACCUCAGCUCUCUUCUGGUCAAAGUUUAAAUUCAAAACUCAAUAUUUGUACCUGUUCACUGUCUUACUCACUGUCUUCAAUGAAUUCAAUUCUUUAUAUUUUUCAGCACGUAAUGCAUCCUGUUCCACUGCUGAAUAUCUGUUUUUGCCACCAAUAGACUUGCAUAAUCCUUCACAAUGAAGAGGUGAAACUUUUGGGGGGGAAAUGAUAAUAGCAAUAUUUUUAAAAAGUAAAAUAUGACAAAUCCAGAUUUUGUUAUUCUUGAACUGAAAAAUAAUGUCUUAUUUGGUUUGCAAAAAAACAACUAAUGUGACAUAUUAUUGUAGUAUGGGAAAGUGUAGUGCUAAACCUCCCGCUCAAAUCUUAUAGUUCUGUCAUGAUGUACAAGGAGAUCAUUUUUGUUUGAUUUUUUAAUAGUCAUUCAGAUCUGCAGCUGAAACCCCAAAAGCUGCUUGUAUUAUUAUACACUCAUUUAUUGCCGGGCUUGAAGUAUAUAAAAAAUUUAUGAGUACCUUUUGACUGACAUUGUACAUCUGAAACUUAAACAGUUUAUUGUAUUGAAUAAAAACCCUUUGAGAAAAUUUGCCUCUCAAGACAAUCGUGAAAAAAAAAUUAAAAGAAGUGAAAAUAAA